AUGGAUUUUAUUUUACCACAAAACGCAAAUAAAAUCUACUCAGCAGUCCAAGGAUCUUAUGUCAGAUUUGAAGAAAGUCUCAGAAAAGCUAAAGAAUACUCAGAAUCUAUUUCCAAUACUUUAAAAUUUCUACCCUUUAGGUAUAAAGAGCUUGAAAUCUUCAUGUAAAGUCUAUCUAGACCAAACCAAGAACUUGUGAUAGAAAAAAUGUACACAAAAACUGCUUUUCGAUUAGAAAAACUCAUGAAACCAUUCAAAGACCAUUUAAAUUCUAUGAAAAAUCAGCUAGACCUAUUAGAAGAAAAAGCUAAUGAAUUUGGAAAGCUUAACCAAAAUAUAAUUGAAAUUUUUCAAACAAAUUUACAAAUAGAAAAAAUAUUAAAAGCUGCAAUAGGAGAUUAUCAGGCACAAUUGAAGGAGUUAGAAAGAUUCAGAUAUUUUGAUAGGAAAUUUUAA